GCGGCGGCUGCGGAGCCGGUGUGAGGCGGCUGACUGGGCUGCCUGCCGGUCCCGGCAGGGUGCGGCGAGAUGGAGGUAACAGGGUUGUCGGCCCCGACCGUGACCAUUUUCAUCAGCAGCUCCCUCAACAGUUUCCGCUCCGAGAAGCGAUACAGUCGCAGCCUCACGAUAGCUGAAUUCAAGUGUAAACUAGAGCUGGUGGUGGGCAGCCCUGCGUCUUGCAUGGAGCUGGAGCUGUAUGGCGUUGACGACAAGUUCUACAGCAAGCUGGAUCAGGAGGAUGCACUGCUGGGUUCGUACCCAGUGGACGACGGCUGCCGCAUCCACGUCAUCGAUCACAGUGGUGCCCGCCUAGGAGAGUAUGAGGAUGUGUCCAAGGUCGAGAAAUACGAGGUCUCACAAGAAGCCUAUGACCAGAGGCAAGACUCGGUCCGCUCCUUCCUGAAGCGCAGCAAGCUGGGCCGGUACAAUGAAGAGGAGCGGGCGCAGCGAGAGGCCGAGGCCGCCCAGCGCCUAAGUGAGGAGAAGACCCAGGCCGGCGCCAUCCCCGUGGGCAGCCGCUGUGAGGUGCAGGUGCUCGGGCAGCCCCCUCGCCGGGGCACUGUCAUGUAUGUAGGACUCACAGAUUUCAAGCCUGGAUACUGGGUUGGUGUGCGCUACGAUGAACCACUAGGGAAAAAUGAUGGCAGUGUGAACGGGAAACGCUACUUCGAGUGCCAGGCCAAGUACGGCGCCUUCGUCAAGCCAUCCGUUGUGACGGUGGGGGACUUCCCGGAGGAGGACUACGGGCUGGACGAGAUGUGACGCCCAGGGAAGGGCACCCCCCGCUCCAGCUCCCAAAUCCCCCACCUAUCGCCCUGCCCAGUGUGCCAUGGUCCCCUCACCCCUGUUUUUAUUUUAUUCACCUUUCC